AUGGUCCGCUCAUGGCUCAUGCAUUCCACUGUCCCUUCGAUCUCCCACAGUAGUUUAUGGAUUGAUUCAGCCCAUGAUAUCUGGGUUGAUUUGCAUGAUUGGUUCUCUCCAAAGAAUGCCCCACGCAUAUUCAAAAUUCGGCGUACUCUUUCGACCCAUGUUCAAGGCAACGAUUCUAUUUCAGCCUAUUACACUAUCGUCAAAGGUCUUUGCGAUGAGCUUCUCUCUUAUUGCACUCUGCCGGCUUGUUCUUGUGGUGCUAUGACCACUUUGCAAUCCUUCCUUGAAACUGAUCACCUUCUGGACUUUCUCCAAGGGCUUAAUGAUUCUUAUGCUGCUGUCCGAAGUCAGAUUUUACUGAUGGAUCCCUUGCCAUCCAUAAAUAAAGCUUACUCUCUUUUGCUCCAAGAGGAACGCCAGAGAUCAUUGCGCGAUGUUCACACCGCCCUUCCAGACCAGGCUGCUAUGGCUGUCACGGCAUCCUCCCUUGACCGCCGAUCAGGUUCUAGUUCUUCUACUAAACCAAGUUAUUAUUGCACCUUCUACAACAAAAAUGGCCACACCGAAUCCCGAUGCUUUAAGAAGAAUGGUUACCCAGAUUGGUAG